GAGAGAGGAGGCGAGAGGGGACUUUCAUUCUGGCCUGGACAGGAAGUUCCCGGAUGGAUUUCCGGCGUCUCCGCCGAGGAAGAGACGUGUCCCUGCGUGGCCUGGGAGGAGGAAGAGGAGCCUGAGCUGACUAGAGAAGGGGCCAGGGAGCAAGAUGGAGCUUGAGACGAUGAGCAGAUACACCAGCCCAGUGAACCCGGCUGUGUUUCCACAUCUGACCGUGGUGCUCUUGGCCAUUGGCAUGUUCUUCACUGCCUGGUUCUUCGUUUAUGAAGUGACCUCUACUAAAUAUACUCGGGAUAUUUACAAGGAACUGCUCAUUUCCCUGGUGGCUUCACUUUUUAUGGGCUUUGGAGUACUCUUCUUACUGCUCUGGGUUGGAAUCUAUGUUUGACAAUAAGCCAAGAGCUGUUUCAGGUUCCAGAAGAAUUGCUGAAGUUUCUUUUUUAUUUUUGUACUUAAUGUAGCUCAUCACACCUGUAGUCUGUGUAAAUCCUGACACAUUGUUACAGCCCAGAAUAUCGUAACAUCAGAUGAAUAAAGCUGACUGUGAUGACAUGAA